UUCGAAGGAAACCUGGUUGGGUUCGGUACUUUAGUGCCUUGACGUCUCAGACCCAGUUUAACAUCCAUGAACCCGGAACGGAACCGGACCUGUGAAAAUCUGUUCCCUGUGUCGGGAACGCGCAUUGCAGCCAGAGAGGCGGAUCAUUUUCACUCCGGAACCUUUAGAGGAAAAUAUUAAUGUUAUUAUCAUAAUUAGUAAAUCUGUAGGCCUAUCUAUCUAUCUAUCUAUCUAUCUAUCUAUCUAUCUAUCUAUCUAUCUAUCUAUCUAUCUAUCUAUCUAUCUAUCUAUCUAUCUGUCUGUCUGUCUGUCUGUCUGUCUGUCUGUCUGUCUGUCUGUCUGUCUGUCUGUCUGUCUGUCUGUCUGUCUGUCUGUCUGUCUGUCUGUCUGUCUGUCUGUCUGUCUGUCUGUCUGUCUGUCUAUCUGUCUGUCUAUCUGUCUGUCUGUCUAUCUGUCUGUCUAUCUGUCUGUCUGUCUGUCUGUCUGUCUGUCUGCCUGUCUGUCUGUCUAUUAUUAUUAUUGUUUUAACUGUGUUACUUUAAGAACGGAAGCCCCUCCCCUUUUAUCAUGUUGUCUUAUGGGAGAGGUGUGUAUUAUUUAUUUUGUAUCUAAAUGCAUCCAGUUUAUUUAUAGAUUUAUUAAGUUCAUUUCUGUUAUGUACUUUUGUUUAUGGAGGGCUUGGAGCGGGCCGCCGGUAACACGGUUAUUUUCUACUUGUUGUUCUUGUCAGAAUAAACCCUUUUAAAGGUGAACCACGGCCUGGUCAUUUAAAACCAGCACAACGCAGAUCGGAUCCGGUUACAUAUACAUUAGUGUUGGUUGUUCAUUGAUGUGCACUGUCCUUAAUAAAGAUUAAACUGGUUAAUAAAUUAUAUUUGUUCACUGUGUUUGAUAUUGAUCCUUACAGGUCUUUGAUAGUUUACGUCUCAAGGCCGUUUUGACAAAUGAAGAGAACAUUUUUCUGGUCAAUUAAUUGGUUCCCAUGUUUUGGAGGGAACAGAUUAUUUUAUGAUCAUAUGAAUUGUUUUAUAGAUAAAUUGAUGAGAAGCGACGUGAAAACGAUCAGCUCCGCCUCUCUGGCUGCAGUGCGCGUUCCCGACACAGGGAACAGAUUUUCACAGGGGAACCGAAUUUCGCAGAAGCCCGGUUCUGGUUCUGGUCUCAGGUUAGCUGCGACUGCUUCCGGCUUGUUUGUCUCUAAAUAUGAUUUGGAUCAUGAGUGGCUGAUCGGAACAUUUCCAGUCCUUAUGACGCUACUUGCGACCUGAACUCUGACCCUUUAUGGGUCAUAAAACUGGAUUGUUACAUUAUUGCUGUUGAUGCUGGAGAAGGAAGGAGCUCCUGUAGAGGUCAGUGUUGCAGACAUUCCUGAACCCUCUGAAUGAAGAUGCUCAACUUUUUCCUACUCCAUCAUCUCCAGAGGCACCAGUUACCGUGACAGCCAUGGUAACAGAGACCGGAAGCUCAGAGGAGCUGGCUGUAAACGUCACGUCAGUAAAUUUCUGUAACUCCGUCACGAGAUUAUUUCACAGGCGGAUGAUUUCAUACUUUACAAACCCGAUCAUACGGCCUCGAGCGAAAUAUAUUAUCUGAGCUUCUCUCCGUGGUGCGUUCACCGAACAGUUUUUUUUGUGUUGCAUUCACUGACCUCGGGAGCGUGGGAUGGAUGAGACCCUGAAGCCGCUGAGGAUUCCUCCUCAGAUCAGCGUCUACGCAGACAAACACAACGUGUCUCACCUGGUGGAGAGCAUGGUGACCGGCUUGGUGUUGGAGCAGCCAGACGAUCCGAUCUCCUACCUGAUCAGUUUCCUGAAGAGGCUCAGCCUGGAUAGUCCCAAGGUGCUGCUGCUCGGCCCGCCCGCUGUCGGCAAACACACGCUGGCGAAGACGCUGAGUAAUGAACUGAGAGCCAUUUACCUGACCGCCGAGAGUUUGCUGAAGGGACUCAGUGAGGAGGAAGAUUCUGCUGAGAUUCUGGUCCAAAGGCUGCAACGGAGACUGAAGGAGACGGACUGCUUUCACAAGGGCUGGGUGCUGGUUGGAAUUCCUCAGACCCGUGUCCAGGUUCUGCAGCUCCAGCGGGCUGGAAUCAUCCCAGAACACGUUGUGAUGCUGGACGCUCCAGAGGAAGUUCUGCUGCAGAGGAACAACGGCAAGCUCACCGACCCCGUCACUGGAGACAUCUACCAUCAGCUCUUCAUUCAACCGGAGAACGACACCAUCAGAAGGCGUCUGGAGAGGCGACGGGGCCCGUCUGACGAGCAGCUAUUGGCCGAGAUGCAGCGCUACCGCUGUGAGGUCACAGCUCUGAAAUCGGCCUAUCAGCACGUCCUGAAGGUCUUCAACGCAGACCAGCCUCCUGCUGACGUCUACCAGCAAGCUCUGACCUUUGUCCAGACCCGACGUCACUUCAGAACUCCAAGAAUAGUUCUGGUGGGCCCGUCAGGGUCCGGAAAGAGCCAGCUGGCCCGGCUGCUGUCUGAGAAGUACAAACUGGUGGAUGUGAGCUGUGGCGGCCUGCUCCGGUCGGUGGUCUCUGACGGUUCUGGUCUGGGGGCUCAGAUUCAGCCCUACAUGGAUGUCGGCCGCCCAGUCCCAGAAUCCCUGCUGAUGCCGGUUCUGGAGGCCCGACUGAGCCGGGUGGACUGCAGCUGCAGAGGAUGGAUCCUGCACGGCUUCCCCUGCGACAUGCAGCAGGCCAUGAGCCUGCACGAGUCCCAGUACCAGCCCAACAGAGUCUUCUUCCUGGAGGCCAGCAAUGACGUCUGCAUGCAGCGGCUCUCCCUGAGAGGAACCGACCCCGUCAGCGGCGAGAGGUACCACGCUGUUACCCAACCAGCCCCCAGCUCUGAGGUCCAGGACCGGCUGCGGACAGCUCCGUAUGACGGCAGCGCGGCGUUGUCUCAGAGGCUCAGGCAGUUCAGGUUCAACUGUGAAGGCCUGCAGACUAUUUAUCCAGAUGCUAUUCACCUGGACGCCGACCAGGACCCACACACUGUGCUGGAGUCUCUGGAGAGCCGCCUCUACACCAACUGAAACCUGAACUCACCUGGAUGAACCUGGACUCACCUGGAUGAACCUGGAUAAGCAGCUGGACUGAGCUGAGAACACCUGAGUUUACCUGGACUGGGUUAGGCAGAAUGAAGAAACUUGAUGUCAUAAGUUGUUUGGUUCCUAAUAAAAUCAUUGUUGUUCUGCUGA